AUGGAGGACUUUCAGUCAGAGACCGACAGUGACUACACCAGUUACUGGCGGGACUGGUUCAUUUCAUCGCGCGGCAAUGAAUACUUCUGCGAGAUCGACGAGGAAUACAUCACGGACCGGUUCAACCUGACGGGGCUGAACACCGAGGUGCACUACUACCAACACGCGCUGGACCUGAUCACGGACGUGUUCGAUCUCGACUGCGACGACGACAUGCGCGAAACGAUCGAGAAGUCGGCCCGUCAUCUGUACGGCCUGGUGCACGCACGCUACAUCGUGACCACCCGCGGGCUGGCCAAGAUGGUGGAGAAGUUCAAGCGGUCCGACUUUGGCCGGUGCCCGCGCGUCCUGUGCGACAGCCACCCUUUGCUCCCCUUCGGACCGAGCGACAAUCCGGGCCAGAAGAGCGUCAAGCUGUACUGCGCCAAGUGCGAGGACAUCUACAACCCGAAGUCCAGUCGGCAUGCCGCCAUCGACGGCGCGUAUUUCGGCAGCUCGUUCCACAAUAUCUUGUUCCAGGUCUAUCCGGCGCUCGUGCCGGUCAAGUCGCGCCGCCGCCAUGAGCCGAAGAUCUUUGGCUUCCGUGUCCAUGCCGCCGCCGCGCUGGCUCGCUGGCAGGAUGGCGAGAGGAGGGAGAUGCGUGCCAGGCUGAAGGAGGCGGGCGUCAUUGGUGAGAGUGCGCAGCUGUUCAUCGAAGAUGUCGAUAGUAGUGAUGGCGAGGGCGCGGAUGACGAUCAGGACGAAAUCGAAGACAACGGUGAUCGGCGGAUGAAUUUGUCGGCAGAGCAGGAUGGAGGCGUGGAACUGCAGCGAGCAUCGGCUUCGAAAUAG